AUGACGCCCAUAUAUAUUACUGUUUCAGCAUUAAAAGCUCAAAGAAAGUGGAAGAAGCUCUAUGAGAAACUCGAAGCGAGUAAAAAAUCUUAUUACAGUGCAUGUCGCCAGGAAAAGUCUGCACUGGUAAAUUUGAGCAAUAGUCAGGCCGAUUCGUCAUUGUCGCAGGAUGCGGCUCAGAAGCUCCGCGAUCGUCUGGAAAAGUGUCGCGAAGACGUCCAGAAAUGUAAACUAGCCUAUGAAAAGAACAUAGCGGAAAUCACUCAAUACAGCCCGAAUGCUUGA